GCCCGACGCUCACAGAUGUAAACAAAUAUAUAUAGAUUUCUGUAUGGGUUGUUGAGUACACACGAGAAGAGUGUUUGAUGUAAUUUUUUUAGUACAUUAAAUGUGGAGAUGGAGAAUUAAACCUCGGUUUGAAUGCCUUAACCGUAUGCUCAUGUUGGCGUGUUAGUUGUGAAUUUGGUGUGGGAGUUGGAAUCUAUUCGAACGGUUUAAAAUCCAAAGUUAGAAAGCGAAUAGGGGAGGGUGGGCCUUAACAUGGGAUGCAUCACAAAUAUUGCAAAUCGCAGUCUUUACUUUUUCUUGUGGUGGUAGCGGUAGUGGACCAGUUGCAGUAUUUGAUUCGUCUCCGAUUUUCCCUUCCCAUUCUUUUCCCUUAUUCCCCUUUUCAUCUCUACAGAUUUGCCAUCGCUUCCUUUCACCAUCUCCGCCAUUCAACCAAACCAAUUCCAAUUCCUUCUUCCGCAAUGCAUAUAUUCUAGCAUUCGCCACGGAACACGGCGCUUCGUCGCGCCCUGUAAUCUAAAAUACUUGUACCCGGAUUUCGAAUUCCGGAAAUUCAUCAGAGAUGGGCUCGCCUGAAGAUACGGAUUGGGUUUUCGAUUACGGUGUUAUAGAGGACAUUCCUGUCCCCGGCGGUGACCUCCCCUCGCUUGAUCCUCCUGCUUUCACUUUGCCUUCUCGUGAUUUUACUCCCUCCUUCAGGACAGACUUUGAGGAACCACAUAGAAAGCCAGAUGAUAUAAAUGAAACGGGGUCCAGGAAAAGGAUGAGCUCUGGAGGGUCCAAAGCACAUAAAGAGAAACUGCGGAGGGAUAGGCUAAAUGACAGGUUUCUGGAACUGAAUUCCAUCGUCAAUCAUGGAAGGCCUCCCAAAAUUGACAAGUCUACUCUUUUGGGUGAUGCAGUUCGGAUGAUCAUACAGUUACGGGACGAGGCUCAGAAGCUGAAGGAGUCUAAUGAAACUUUUUUGGUGAAGAUUAAUGAAAUCAAGGCUGAAAAGAAUGAACUUCGAGAUGAGAAACUGAGGCUGAAAGAAGCAAAAGACAACCUCGAACAAAAAAUGAAGGCGUUCAAUCCUCAACCAGCUUUCCUGCCUCACCCUCCUGCAAUUCCCGCUGCAUUUUCUGCCACAAACCAGGCCGUUGGGGGCAAGUUGGUACCUGUGAUUGGAUAUCCUGGAGUAUCCAUGUGGCAGUUUAUGCCUCCGGGUGCCAUCGAUACCUCGCAAGACCACAUUCUCCGGCCGCCAGUCGCCUAAGUUGGCCAAUUUCUUCCAUUCACCGGCUUUGCUUGAGACAUGAGGCUUCCUACGUUGAUUUUGCUGAAGACUGAUCCAGUUUUGUUGUCUGUUAAGUUUUCAAGAUUGGAUUGGUUGAGUAUCUGUUUUGUGGGAGAAGUUCCUGCUGGUCAAAAUCAAUGAUGGUCUAGUGAGAAAACAGUAUUCACCAAUUCUGGUAAUCUUACCUCAUUCUUCUUCUUCA